AUGUCCCUAGCUCCCUCCACGCCCGCUCGACCUCGACCUGCUCUCCUCAAUAAGACAACAAACGCGCUCUUAUCUCCAAGAAAACAUAAUUCAGAAUCGGAUAUGGGCCCUGGAGACAGCAUCAGUAAACACGCUUCUAGCAAUAAUACCCCGUCGUCACCUACUCAGGUUGUUGGACAGAAGAGGAGUAUAGAUCAAGUUGAGGUGGAACAAGUCAGGCCGAGCACAGCAACCAGCUCGUUUAAUAGCCAGAAGAGGGAGGAUGAGUUUUAUAUCUAUGAUGAUACAACGCCACAUUCAAGCAUGGAUAUUGAUAAAGAAGCAACCUUUUUGCAAUAUUCUCAGAAAGCGUGUGACGGCCAGGAGAAAGGUGUUGAGAAGGGCUGCUCCCAGGAGAGCACCAGCAUGUCUUCUCUCCUUAACCUAAGCUUUGAAUCUGAAGGCGGCAACUGCAGCAGUAGCAACAUUGCCAGACGAGACUCACCAUCUAACUCACCAAACCGUCCACAUAAAGUCCCAAGACAGCAAACAACAUCUUCCUCCACUAUCCCAACAGACCCAGAGGCACGCAGAAUAUUCAUCCAACAGAAAGCUGGACUGCUUCGAGAAAAGGUCCAAACAGCAAUGAAGAACAUCAAAGAUAGCAGCCAGAUCGACCGUCGUCUCAUGGAGCUCGAGGCACAAAGCCGUCAGUCGUGGAAUGCUUCGUCCCCUCUCAGUCAACAUCAAAAAGCCUCGUCGGCGCGUACCGAAUCAAGUGUCGACAUGACCCCAAAGGCCAAGUUAUCCACACCAACAGGCCAGGACAACGGCAAGAUGGAUAUCGAUAACGACUCUACCCCAACACAGCAGAAGGUAGCUUUCCAGCCCGAGACUCCUGCGCCUUCUCGCCCAACAGACAGUCAGUCACGGCAUGAGGAGACUGCAGACGGCACUGUCAUCAUUGACCGAGAAGGCGGGUGCGCCGUCGAAAAGAUGAUGGCCAAGGCAAAGAAGGAAACGGCCGUGGAUGGACUCCUGAAACUCAUGAAAACCACGACUGAGUAUGAUGGGUUGGAUGAAUGGAGCGGAUGA